AACCAAACCACCCGGCUCGGGUCGGCGCCUGUAGCUUUAACCGCCUGCCGUGGGUGGUGGCCGGGCGCAGUGCGCAUGAGUUCGGGGUUGGUCGCUCGGCGGAGCCCGCGUCUGGUCGGAGGUGCUGCUCUAGUCACCUGUCUGCUGCUGUCCUCCGUCCAGGCUCGUUCCCGCUCCUCGUUCUGCCCUCAGCACCCGGGAGAGGUGCGGACUGCGCCCCGCAGCCGAAAUGAAUAAAGCUAGCAGCCCUACGUAAUAAGCUGAUGGCAUUCUACGCUGCAUCGGGAUCAAUCAGUCAAGAGGGUGUGAUGCCUAGAAAUGUCCUCUCAGAUUCUCCUGAAAUGGCAUCCGACAUCUCUCCAAAGCACACACUUGGGAGCAUGGAGAAGGGUGGCAGUGUGGAGAAUCGUGGCAGCCAAGCUAGGUGCAGAACUCUUGCCUUGGAUGAUGAGAGUCUGAAAUACUUAACUCAUGAAGAGCAGGAUGUUCUUAUGUUCUUUGAGGAAACCAUAGAUGCCUUAGAAGAUGACUUGGAGGAGCAGGUCUUACGUGACAGUGGCAUCCACUGUCAGUCUCCCAGGUCAACAGAAGAAAAUGUGUCCAGUCAUUCAGAGACUGAAGAUAUCAUCGACUUAGUACAGUCAACACCUGAGAGUAGUGACCAUGACGGCCCUCCUAGCAGAGAUGCAGAACCAGUGUCGGAUGCUACCCGGAGAACCGAGAGCCCUAAACCAGCUGUACCUGCUGACCUUCCUCCACAUCCCCCUGUACCACCACCAUCAAUGUCUGAGACUCUUCCUCUUCCACCCCCUCCUCCAGUGCAGCAUCCAAAAUUGUUUCGCUCUAUCCCCACUCCACUUAUCAUGGCCCAGAAGAUUUCUGAGCAGCAGAUGGAGAGCAAGGUGCGCUUCCCCAGUGCCCUCAAGGAAGGGAAUUCAGAUAGGAAGAAAACACCAGUAGCCAACGGUGAUUAUUUUGCAGCUCCGAAGCACCCUCCCGCACCUGCACCCAAACUGCACCGGUUCCCGAGCAACAUCAACAUAACAAAUGUCAGUGGCAAAGAAUUCAAUGAGACUAUUUCAAAAGCAGCGGUUAAUGUCCAGGAGCGGAGAGCUCAGGUGUUGGCCAACAUCAAUGGAGGAGCUUUCCUGGCAGCUGAACUGGAGGAGAAGCUGCAGAAAAAUGACUUCUUGUCACGUAAUAGAAGUUCUUCCUUAAGGGAUCUCUCCUCUGAGCAAACACGAUACGAGGCCCUGACAAAACUUGGCCUAGUUAAGGGAAAGCCAGCUCAGGACCAAGUGGAUCAUGCAUCAAGCACUCGGCAGCUUGAUGUGCAGCCUAAACAGGCAGAUGCUGUUCCCAAUGGGUAUCAAAACAUCCAUGAGAUUUUAAAAAGCGGGCCCAGCCCUUUCCUUCCUAUGGGCAAAACUGUAACAAUCAAACCAGAGGUGGCUCUUGCUGCUAACAAGGUCAGCAGCACACAGCAGAACACAGCAAAAAGUUUUAAUGAUUAUAAACAACCUAGUCUAAACCUGGAUAUGAGGAGGAGGUCGGGUUCGCUGCCUAGACCUUCAGGAUUUCGAUCCCAAGGGAUAACGGUAAAGUUCUCUGGCCGCGGCUCAACAGAAGAAGCUAGGAGAGAGGCACUUCGGAAACUGGGACUACUGAAAGAGACUGUGUAAUUUGGAAGGAAUGCUUUGGCAAUGGGAGGAAGUCAUAGCAUGGCAUUGUGCUAGAAUAGUCCCAACGGGACUGGGAUCAAACAGAUUGGAAGAAGAAAGGGGGAGUUCUCUGCUUCAAGCAAGCUAAGGAGGUACUAGAUACUGUGGAAUGACCACUCGUGUUUAUCCCAGAAGGACUGGCACCAUGUAUGGUCAUGUACAGCAGUGGGUUUCAGCUCUCCUUCCUACAGAGAUACUCAUCUGUUGCUCUUUGUGACUGGGAGGACUUUUAUUUAAGUAACGCUGGACUAUAGCGGAUAGCAUCUUGUUACUGAAGUGUACAGUGCAGUAUUGUUGUACAUAGCAAACUGAACGGUGAAUCUCCUUUUGUUCUUUCUGAAGCCAAAACAGAGAGCUCCGUCUUGCCCACAUGUGUAUGUCUGUUCAUGUGAGCUCAAGAUAAUGUCAAAACUGAAGUUUCUGACCAGCAUGACACACUUCUGCGACUUUUUUAUUGUCUGUAUUAUCUCGCUUGGCUUCUUUCCCUACGAGUGGUGGAGUCUUCUCCUUCCUUGUUCUGUCCCCACUUGACUCAAGACUGCAUAGAGGGUAGUUUCUGGUUUGACCUUCUCCUCAACAGAGUGGCUCAAGCUUUGAGUGGGUUACUGCAUCGCUCUGCUGCUUCACUUGAAGUCUUGCCUUUCUUCCCAGCCACCUGCUUCUUGGUCAUGCUCUAGCAACCUACGUGUCCAGUGAAAGGCACCAGAUAAGCCUCAAGGAUAUGCACCAUGCGCCAGUUUUCGCACUGACAGCCAAAGAGUCUCCUGACAAUCUGUGACCCCAACUGUUCUGUACCAGUGACGAUCUUAUAGCAGAGAAGCCAUAGGAACAAGUUAACUUUGUACCAAAUGCGAGAACCUUAUGUCAGAAGUCUUAUUUCUUACAUUAGGGUUCCCGUGAAGAAACCGUUACUUUUUGAACAAUAGCUGUAGUACACAGAGUAGCUGUAAGUUCUGUUAAUUCUAAAAACUGUCAUUUGCUCUUCCUGUAGUUUGACAGCCCUGAUAAUCCUCUGUUCACAGCCUUAUUUGAUUCUGCCCUGCCAAUACAUAACAGAAGUUACAGCCAAAAUUCUUGAAAGCUAAGUGGAGUUACAAGAGAGAGCUGUACGUAAGAGCAUGUCUCUCCUGAAUGGUCCAAGUUGGUGCUUUUUUGCCUUUGUUCAACAGACAUGCUUUUAAAGAUGGUCCCAAAAUAUAUUUGUGUGUUGGUAUGAUUUUUUUUUAAUAUGGCAAAGCUGCUCUUCCACAUUAAAACUCCCUUCCCUUUUUGUACACCUGAAAACAUCAAGAAUAGCCAUUUUCAAAUCAAACGCCAAACUCCAGACCCUCUAAAUUUCUCAUUGUUAUUCCUGCAUGUUUGAGUUCUGUGUUUUUGUUUCUUUUCUAAAAGGAAAAACUCACUUAUUCUCUGCACUUUCUAAAGCCUGAAGUAACCCCCUCUUUUUCCCAAGAAGCUGAGUAAUAAACCUUGGAGAAGAGGAGGGGAGCGGCUGUAAUAGAAACUGACACACCCUUCAGUGAGGAGCUCUGACAUAACUGUGAUAAACAAGUUUGCAGUUCUUAUGAUAAAGUACUUAAAACUUGCUGAGCUGUACUUGUAAAUGAAGCUGUUGUGAAGGAAAAAUCUUUGCAUCAUUCUCAACCUGCCUCAUAAGUUAAUUUUUUUGUUAUUGUUGUUGGGGUUUUUUGGGUUGUUUCGGGUUUGUUUUUUUUUUUUAAUUAUCUGCUUGCUGCUUAAAUUUUUAAUUGUGUUGUUAUGGUAUCUGGCUGGUUCUGUUAUGUAGAUAUUCUUUUCAGCCUUUUCACUGGGUAAGCGAUCAUGUUCCUCACUGUGACAGGCAUAUUAUACAUAAGCAAUCAGUAAUUAAAAUAUGUGGCCAUUCCUCAGUCUGGCAAAGCACUUACGCAUGCAUAAUCAAAUGUGAGAAGUGCCACUGAAACAAAAAAGGCUGCUUGUAUGCUGCAAGUAAAGCACAUACUUACUUUGCUGGGCUCCAAGUCUACAGUCCUAAAUCAGAGAGACAAGGAAGCACAUAAAAUGCAUCCAAGCACCUGCUUUAGUGCAGCCUGGAAUAGUCCUACGUGUGGAUGAUGCAUCAUAAUUUAUUAACAUAACCUGCUAAGUAAAUUUAAAUGUUUCAUGACCUUUGUGCUUUUAAAUCCUGUUAAAGCAAAUUCUUCAUUAUAAAUGUGAAGUGCAUACAAAGCAAUCUUCACAUCUAAUAAUUUCUUUGAGUUGUUUACAGCUGGGAGUCCAUGCUAAGCAAAUGGGGGGGGGGGCCAGGGGGAAACCACCUGACACUAAUGAUUUCAUGGAAAUUCAGUCCUAUUCAAUAACUCUGUAACAUAACCCUAUUUAAAAAAAGACAUAAAUUAGAUGCUUAAUAUCUAAAGUUGCAGUAUGCUGAAUUAGCUGGAUCAUAUUCUUUCAUCCUUUGUGCAGGGCUGUGUCCUCAGCUGGUGGGAAGUAAGAGAUCUUCAUUAGAUAAACCAAUUUCUGCCCAGUGAGGACUUGGAGCGAGGUAUUCAUUAUGGCCCUUCAUUAUAGCAGAUAUCCUACUGGUAAAUUCUUCUCUGUGCCUAAAACUGUAGUAAGUAAAGCCAUGUACUAAAUGAAGUUAAGAGUCUAGCUGCUAAUAACCUGUAUAUAAAUUUAGCUCUAUUUUGUGUAUCUUGUUUUGUGUGUGUAUAGGUUGCUGUGAUUUUAUUUUUUUCCCCUUGUGUUAGAGGUAACUGUCUUGCACAAAUCUGAGAAAUCGUAUAUUAAACUGGGAUAAAACCAAUGAAAUGAUGGCUGAUGGGAGGUGAAAUUUUGUCACCCAAGUAGCAUGCAUCCUUCUUGGUGAAGGGAAGUGACUUUUUUGAAUGGCUAAUAUCAAUUUAGUAACUCUUCUUUUUGCAAUUGUGGAUGUGUGUGUGAGCCAGAGCUCAAUCCUGUCACAGCGUUGGUGAAGGGGGGGAGGAAGAGAAGGAUUAUGUGUCUUCUGUCAAGAGAUGUGUGUUCUUACUGCUGGGCCUCAGGAACUGUGACCAGGGUCCUUGCAGGAAUUAUGUUCAUCCUGAACAGUGUUUGAAGUAGGCAAACCCUCCCUCUCCUGAUGAUUUGCAAUAUUAAAAUGACUUUUCCAAGGGGAAUAUUCUAUACAUGAAAGAAUAGAAACUCAUUUUUGUUUCCGUGGCUGCCUUCGAUGGAUGUGAUGCUGCUGAGGAGUAAAGUCUGUCUUGUUGCACAGGACAAAAUUCCCCUUCAGAGAAUAUUCCUACCCAUCCCUUCUGAGUGUGUGUUUGCUGCCUUUCUGUCCUUCGUUUGGGUACUUGCACAUUGAGGCUGCUAGAGUAGUUCCUUGGUUGGAAGUAAGUGCUGACACUGGUGUGUAGUAGUAGUUACUGCUGCCAAGUACAGUAUAGAGGUGAAGGUUUCAUAAUGAAAUGCUACAUAGCUGAGGUGGUGGCUAAAUCAUUUUGCACUGGGACUUGUCCCACUUCAAGCAGGGAAUGGUUUAGAGCUAAAACUAACAACCUUUGAUUUAAUAAAAACCAGCAACAAUGACAAAACUGUCAGAAGAACAGACCUUCAGGCAUGAAUGGCUGCUUUUUGCCCAGACCCCCCCAGGGUUAUGGGCUGCUGGCAGUGGCUUCAGCCCCAUCUUCUUCAAGCAGGAGAGGUUGUGCAGCUGGAACUCUUGAACAAUUGCACUGUUUUGAAGAUGGAUGGGGUUUUUAUAGUAUCUUAAACAGAGACGGUGUUGAACAGAGGUUCUGUAUCAUAAAAGAGAGAAAAUAGCUCCCAUUUGCAUGAGCUGGUUCUGUCUCCUGCAGGCAGCAGCCCUAGCAGCCUGUCCCUAGCUUUCCAGUGCUGCCCUGGGGCUUGGGUACCCAUCUGAGCCAGGACAGGGCAGCUGCCCUCUUGUCACUGUGUCCAGCUCCAACCUGGAGCCAGGGUGAGAGAAUUUAACUUGGCUCAGUCUAUAAUGAAACUUAAACUAAGUUACAGUGGCUCAGCUUUGCUGUAGGGUAAAACUGCACACAGCUGCCCAGGUACUGUCAACCUUUCAUGUGGCCACAGCUUUGGGAAUAAGCUUUUGAUGUUUUGACUCCUCCUGUACUUGUUUUAUACAUGCACAAAAUAAAUUAGGCCUCUCCCUUAAAAAUAAACCCUAUAACUGAUCAGGGAAGGCAUGAGGCUAAAGGUAGAUCAUGGUUUUAGCCUGGCAACUUGGGCUGACUUUCUGUACUGCUGGAGGCACAAACAGGACUGUAAUUUACAGUGCUCCUGAAUGAACUCAGACUGUACUGUAAAGGUAAAAAUUACAGAAUACAUUCUUUAGCUGCCUGGUUGGUCAUUGCCAUUCCUGGCAGAGCGGGAACCCAGGGCUGUGCAGCUCAAAGGCAGCGGUGAGCGUGGCAGUGAUGGUGUGGGAGUGCCCAGGCUGCACAGCCAAGCCCUGAUGGUUCUGUGUCCAGGUGUAUCCUGUACCCCUACAACCCCCACACCACCAACUAACUUGUGCUUCAUGACUUGGAUCCUAAGCAAGGCCUUUGAUGUCUUUAAUUUGUCAGCACUGAAAGACUGGGGGGGGGGGGAGGUGUGAAUGAGUGGAAAAACUUGAAAACCCAUUUACCUUUUCUCACACAGGAUUUUGCUUUCUGAUAAUCCCUGCGUCAUGUAGAGGCAAAGGCAGAGGAGUCUUCCUUGCAGCAUUGAGUCCCAAAUUAUAAAUACCUUUUCCCCUGAGGUAAGGAGGGUCCUUAGACUGGAUGGAGCCAAACCCUUCUAAGGGAACACACCCUUCUCUUGCCUGGUUUGGUUUUGUUUGUUGGUUUGUUGUGGGGGUUUUUUCUUUUCCUCUGAAUGAUGGUUUCUGGUCCCAUGUGAGGUGACCCCUCCCUCAUUAGGAAAUGCCUUCCUUGAAAAGUCAUCAGUGCAUCCCUGACUACUUCACCGAAUGCUCAGAUGUGUUCUUACCUUGAGGGAACAGCAAGGAAAGACUAUUUUUGUUAGCCCGGCUAGUCAGUACUUCUCAGCCUUUGGAUUUUUCUGCUGGGUCAUAAUUACCUGCUGCUACUUGCAACUGGCAAAUUAAGAGGCUUCAGUAACUUCAGGAUUAAACUGAACAGUAGAGAAAGCAGCUGGCAGGCUUGAAGCAGCAACUCAGCUUUAAUUUCUCUUUUGUCCUUGAGUCUUUGCACCUGCCCCUGUUUCACAGGGCCCUAG